CAAGGCGAAUUCAUAUGUCUGUAUUCUGUUUUCAUUUCGAGCAUAUUUUUCUUAAUAAUUAUUAAAUAAUAAUUACGCUAAUUAAAUUAAACUAUUAUUACAAUAAUUAAAGGGGGCUUAUAAGCAUUCAUGGGCCAAAUUUGUACUUAAUGGCAAUCUUAGUGAUACUGUUGACUGACAUUCCUCUACUUCAACUGCCAACAUUCUAAUGGACAAGGUAGCAUUAGGAAUAUGUUGUAUCCAUUGAGAAAUUAACAGAAUAGCAAAAUUAAUGCAUUAGUGAAAAAUUGCCAAUAUUUUAUACAAUACAAAAGGAAACUUAAAUUAUUUAAGACAAUUAAAGCAAUGGAUUCCUCAACGUCGACAGCUGGGUGUGAUGAUGAUAUAGAUGUUCUUUUGGUUACUGCAAACGUAGGAAGUUUGUUUGAAGAUCCACUUCGUCUUCUCCGUCCAUGGUUAGUAGUGUUUCUCAAAAAAGUGGAAGAACUACAGCCAAAAUUUUUGGCACUACACUUACAGGAAGUUGGAGGGAAAACAUAUGAAAAAUCAAUGGAAUACGUUCAAGAAUUCAUAAAAAGUUUAUGCGAAGCCCCCCAAAUGUUAAAUUUUGAAUUUAUUCGUAUCUACAUGGAUGAAGAUUUCAAUUCCGCGGAGCACUUUACGGCACUAGGAAAUCUUUAUUUUGUACACAAUAGUUUAAAAGUUGUGAAAAUGUGGAAUUUUCUUACACAUAAUUGGGAAUCAGCUGAAGGAAAAAACAUAUAUUCCGGAAACAUAGAAACCAUAUCAACUAAAGAAAAAUCGAAAUUCCCGCAACAUUUUUUUCCUGAGUGCAAAUGGUCUAGGAAAGGGUUCAUGAGGACACGUUGGGAUCUUAAUAACACUGUGUUUGAUCUAGUCAAUAUACAUCUAUUUCAUGAUGCAUCUAAUUUAGCAGCAUGUGAAGAAUUUCCUUCUGUUUAUUGCAAAACAAGGAGAAGAGCUUUAGUACAUACAUUAGAAAGAUUUCAUUUGGAUGAAAAAAAUGGAUUAGCACCAUUUUUUGUUUUUGGUGACUUUAAUUUUAGAUGCGAUACAGAGGGAGUAAUAAAGGAAUUAACAGAAAAUCUUACUGCUCAUCGUAUACAUAGUACAAAAAAUGACUGUACAAAAGUUCAUUAUCGAAAUGCUGGCGGUGAUAAUAUUCUGACGGUUGGAAAGAAAGAAUUUAAUCAUGCAGAUCAUCAACUGAAGUUUAAAGAAUCGUGGUUGAAAAAGUUUGACCGUGAACUCGAACCCUUAACAGAGUUUUUAAUUGAGUUUCCAAUUAAUUUUCCGCCAUCGUACCCUUAUGAGGAAGAUCCUGAAAUGCCAACCGAUUAUAUGUCUACUCGUUGUCCAUCCUGGUGCGAUCGUAUUCUAAUGAGUGUCCAAGCAAAAGAAAUAAUUCAUAAAACCGAAUCUCCAAAUAUAUAUAGCAUAAUGGGUGAAGAAGUCUGCAUGGGAGAUCAUAAGCCUGUUUAUUUAAAUAUUCGCUUAAAAUCCAAUCAAGGUACUUAUAGAUGUUGUAGUUGCUAUUUAUUAAAUGCAAAUAACAACAAAUCAACAUCACAUCAAAUCCCAGCAGAUACUGUCACUCCAUUAUGUUGUGCUGAUGAGCAACAUACCACCAUAUCAAAUGAAGCAAUGUAUUGUCCUCACCGAAGUAAAAUAUACAACGACGUAAUUCUAGAAUGUAAAUAUCUUAAUAAAUAUAUUAAAUGUUUAUCAAUAACGAACACAAUUGAUAAGAAUGAGAACGAAAAUGUAAUAGACAGCGUUACAGAGAAGUUAUAUCAAACAAAUGCUAUUCAAUCUAGUCAAAUUGGUGGAAAUGUUGAAGAAUCUAUUAAAACUAAAUGGCCUCCAGUUAGCAUUAAUAUCAUAGAUUCAGACAAUAUUCAUGUUUGCAUGUGUUCACAAAUUCCUAUUGGAAAUAAGGUAGACAAUGAUGAUUCCGUCGAUGGAUCCAUCUGUCCAGAAUGUCAAAACAUUAUAAAAAAACAACCAGCAGAACCAAGAUAUCGGCUUAUUUCAAAGCGCCUAAUGCUCUCUAACAAUAUUAUUGUUAACCGCAUUGACACUCAGCAUCUGAGCACUUAUUUUGAUAUUUCUCAAAAACGACAAGACCCAUAUACACCUGAAAGUGCAGAGUCACAUUCCCCAUGCCCAGAACUGAGUAGUUCUACCACCACAUCAAGUAACAGUAGAAGUCCUGCAAUAGACUGUCGACAAUUGUUGGAAGUAGAUUCGAAUAAAGUAGUUUUGAAACCCCAUGUUUUGUCAGAUUUGAAUAUAGAGAAUCUUAAGGGACUUGUAAAGAGUUCUGAACACGAGGAGGGAGUUGUUAAUUGUGACGUUGACAUUAAAAAGCAACAGAGAGGAGUUGUGUCACCAGUUCAGCUAAAAUCCCGACUCGAAGACUUACAAAAAAAAUCUUCCGUACAAAAUUUGAAAUUUAAAAGUAAGGCGGAUGGUGGCACUGCUGGGAAUAUUGAUGUUGAAGAUGUUGAUGAUAUUUGCCAGACGACCAACGCAGGUGUUCAGCAGUAUCACAAUAGUUGCUUGCCCAAAUGUUGUAAUAUUCACUAAAUGUUGUGUUAACUUAUAAUAAUUAUGGCGGCAAUAGAAAAUCAAAUUUUUAUUUUUGAACAAUACAAAGUAGAUUAAUUUGUACCACUGCUAUUUACCGGUACCUUCACACACACAUAUAUAUAUAUAUGAU